CUACAUACCUAAAGGACCUUGAAAGGUCCUUGUAUUCUGUCCUGUGGCGAUUGCUACAGACAUAUAUUAUACCAUAUUCUAAUAGAUUUUGACAAAUUUAGGCCAUACAUCUAUGUGAGAGUUGGUAUUCGUCAUAGUGAUAUCUGUCUAUCAUCAUUGCCCGUUCUAAUUUGCACAUUGUUUUCGUACAAGUAUUCUAGUUAUUUAUUUACAGGAAUGGCAUCGGCUGAAGAUGUGCAAAAGAAACUGGCACAAUUUCAAGAAAAUGUCAACAAAAAGGCACUUAUAGAUUGGGUUAGGAUUACAGGCUUACCCAACCCACGCAGGAGGAAACUAGACAGACUAUUAGAGGACUUUACAAGUGAUAUAUUGAAGUAUACCCAUGGUUCGCCUUUUAGUUGGCCUGUCCCUGCUGGAAACCAAGGUGGCUUAUUGGCUAUACGUGCGCGCAUAACAUAUGACUUCUGGAAAUUUUUUAUGCAAGACGGCCGGAAAAACCUCUACGAAUACAACAACACUAACGGGACUGAUAUCAAGAUUUCGAGAGAAAAAACCAUUACUUUGGAAGACCAAGAACGUUUAGGGCUAUACAUACGCAAAAGGAUCAAGGACGAAUACAGGCGCAUCAACAAAAAAUGUAUAGAAGUUACUUUGAAAAAAGUUUGCUCAAGAUUGGUGAUAACCAGCCCGUCAAACCUGCCAUUGCAGCAAUAUUGUUGGAUAUCGACAUCGAUCAAUGGUCAGGAUUACCAUUGGAUCAACUUUUAUCUGAAAAAGAAAAAGAAUCUUUACAGAAGGGUGAAAUUAAGAGAGGAUCAAUUGUCAGUGGAACAUUCUGAAGAAAAGGAGAAUGACGAGCAGGAUCGUCCGUCUACAUCAAAAAAACGCACUUCGGAUCAUGACGAAGAUGAACCCGUUCAGAAAAAGCGAUUGGUGCAGUAA